UUCAGUCUUCUUCUCUAUCGCCAUUUCUUUCAACAGCAUGUCUUCACCCGCAGAGUGAUAGGUGUACUGCCAUUUUGUUGGAGUCCAUUCAUGGGAAUUCCAUUAGUUUUCAUGAUCACCUACGUUUGGAGCCGUGAAUUCCCAGAUGCGAGAAUCAAUAUAUACGGUGUCGUUUCACUGAAGGGUUUUUAUCUUCCUUGGGCAAUGCUAGGUCUGGAUUUAAUUUUUGGGAAUUCAUUAAAGCCAGGAAUCACAGGGAUGGUUGCAGGACAUUUAUAUUACUUCUUAACAGUUCUUUAUCCUCUUUCUGGUGGCAAGUUCACUUUCAAGACUCCUCUAUGGGUUCAUAAAAUAGUGGCAUAUUGGGGAGAGGGCACUCAAGUAAAUUCACCUGUGCAUUCAAAUCCAACAACGGAUGGAAUUGUAUUCCGUGGCAGAAGUUUCCGUUUGGGAGGCACCCAAACAAGAAUGACAAGUAAUCCACAAGGUCAACAAAAUGAAAGCAAUGUUUCUCCACAACAACAAAAUCAAGGCAAUGGAAUUGCUUUCCGAGGAAGAAGUUAUCGCUUAAACGGAUGAUGUCUAUGGUAUAUGAUCUUAAUUAAAAUUAUAGUUUUUUUAAUUGUUGGAUUAACAUACUUAAUCAAUUGGUAUAUGUAUGUUGAAUAUUUCUCUUUCGGACAAGUUAAUUAUUAUUGAA